AUGAGCGUGGUAUAUGAGGCCCGCAACUUCAUGCAUGAGAGCGACUAUCCGCCCAUGGAUGAGCACCACCACGAGCACCACGAGCACCACGAUGCUGCUGCUGCUGCCGAAGUCGACCGCUUCGCUGAGACUCACGAUGCUGUGGUGAACGAGCUCGCUCACGUCGCCAGUUUUGCUGAGCAAGCCGCUCCCUUUGUUGAUGCCAAGAACUUCGUCGACGUGACGGUCUCGACUGAGGAGACCCCCAGCCUCGACCUGGCUCCUCCAGCUCCUGCCCCCACCCUGGCCGUGAAGGAAGACUCGCCUGUUGCGACUUCUCCUCAGCGAAGCAAGGCCAUCCCAAAACCACAUCGGGAGGAGACAAAGAACCACGAGGGCAAGUUCAUCUGCACAUAUCCGUCAUGUGGUGAGGAGACCAGAACCUUCAGCCGCAAAUGCGAGUGGAACAAGCACAUGGACAAGCAUGACCGGCCAUAUAAAUGUCUGGCUCCAGGAUGUGAGAAGCUGCCAGGCUUCACUUAUUCGGGUGGUCUAUUGCGCCAUGAGCGCGAAGUCCACCAGAAGCAUGGCGGCCCCAAGAACUCGUUCAACUGUCCACAUCAAAACUGCAAGCGUGCCACCGGCAAAGGCUUCUCUCGUCAGGAAAAUCUCAACGAGCACCUCCGGCGUGUGCAUACGCAGAAUGGAGGGUCGCCAGAAGGAGAUGCAGAUGAUGCUGCCAGCGAUCACGUCUCAACAGCGCUCGUUCUAGGUCCAGCCAAGCGCAAACGUGACGACCAGAACGAUGAGACGGAACGUCUUCGGGAAGAGGUCAAGAGGCUGCGGCAGGAGAAGGAGGAGCUGCAGAAGCAGGUCCAGAUGCAGAACCAGCAGACAGCCGACUUUCUGGCACGGAUCCACCAACUCGAAGCCGAGCGGGCGGUGGCGGCAGCGGUCCCGAUGGAAGCGAGUUCCCUUGUUGCAGCCACGUCACAACUGAUUUAG